GACAGCUGUUGUUUGGAAACAGGAACGACAAAAAUGCCAGCCUCUAAAAGGCGAAUGGCAUCUGUGGAUCCUCAAACUAAAAGAAGAAAGCUAGAUUCAAGAUUGACACCAUCGCUGGAGAAGAGGCCUCAGUCAGUGACUCGGCCCAAGAAAAAGCCAUCACCGUCGCAGGGGAAAGACGACAAAAAACCAGCAAAACCCACCCGUCAGUCCUCCAGACUGAAAACGACUCAGAAGAGAAAAGCUAAGGGUAGACGUCGCAGAGAGUCUAAUGACUCUGCAGCAAGACCCUCAAAACCACAGCGCUCCAGAUCAGCCCAGGUCUUAAAAGACUCUGUGGACCUUGGAGACAAGCUUGCCCAAACAUUAACGGACAGACGGGCCAAAGGGAGCAGGAAAGUGAAAAAAUAUGAACGAUCUGUCUCUGCUGCUAAACACUUGAACACUGAAGGGAAAAAGACAGCAGUUGCGACCUGUUUAGACUCAUCCGGUUUAUUGUCCGACCCUGUGCUGAUCGAUCACUGUUAUGGUAGGCCCCCACUCUCCAGGCACUCAUGUCCACUGGCUGAAGCCAAGGCGUCGCUCCAGCCUCAGGAAAAUGACAUGAAAUGGAAGGUGGCUGGACCGAAAGGCCAGACACCCAAGCCGUGUUCAGCAGAGGCUCAGGACUGCCCAGGGGAGGCGUCUGAUGGUAAAAAGCCAACCAGAUUAUCUCCUGAGGAGCAGAAAGAGCUCUCACCUGAGCCCAUUGACAAAAUAACUGUCAGUCUGGAUGCCAAAAUGGACGUGAUGAGAAAGUCUCCGCCUCCUUUAGAGGCACUUUUCCAAGUUAUCAAAGAGACCAGCUUGAAUAAGCACUCGUUUCCUGCUAAAAAGAUAUCUGACAUGGAUGAGUUACAGGUUGUAAAUACAUGUUCUAUUCGGGAUUCUUUACAAAGUACGGAUGACCGCGGUGCCAUAGAUGUUCUGGAAUGUUCCCUGGACAAGUGGUGUCCUCAGGAAUGGGGUGACAUUGAGAUUGAACACUGUGUUGUUGAAGUGGAGAGUGUGGAGUGUGCGUGUGGAGACCUUGGUGCCUCAGACAAUAACCAGCAAUCAUCUCAGGAGCCCCAGGAGAAGACUGCUCAGAAAGGAUCGAGCAAAGUGUGUGGAGAGAGUGCCUCCAAUCAGUCUGUUCCCCUGGGGAGAGCAGGGAACCUGUCCAAAGAUGUUCCAGCUAAUAGUGAAGAGCCACCCAAAAAGCAGGCGAUGAACCCUCAGGCCAGGACCAAGGCCCGCCUGGCAGCUUUAGCAGAAGAGCGGGCUGCGGCCGCCAAGAGGGUCCCUAAUAAACAGCUCAACCUUCUUGCCCUGUGUGAGGAGAUAGCAGAUGACAUCGCAUCAGAUACCGCUGAAGCCCCAAAAGAGAAGGACAACGAGUGGACUACAGCAAAAGAAGAGCCUGCUGAAACACAGGGAAGAGAUGGGACUACUGAGACGACGCCAGAACCUGCUUCCGCCACAAGUCCCCAAACUACAGUGGCCACCCUUCCCGAGGAGUUUCCUGAAAAUACGCCCCAGCAAAAUGUGCCCAAGAAACGAUUUUUCCUCAGCCAUGUGUCAGUGCCUCUGAAAGCCCAUGAGAAGAAGAAGCUGUCACGUUUUCAGAGGCUGCGACAGGUGGAGUUGCAGAGGGACAAGCUUACCUGGACACGUGUGAAGAAGCUCAAGUCAGAUCAGGCCUCUGUGAAUGAUGGCUCCACCAAAGAGACUAACUUUAAGUCAGGCCUUCCCGGCCAAGCUACUGUCCAGCCCCACUUACCCACCCAAGACAAAGCCCCCAAACCUGUUCAAAACGAACCCAGACGGGCACUGCCUGCCGUUGCCCCUCCCAUGCCCAAUGGGAUCAGCAGUCCCAAGACCAGGCCUGUACUGGAGUACAAACCGUAUACUCCACGACCCAAAUACUCCGCCGAAGACUUCGAACUGGAUGGACUAGAGGAAGAGACGUGCAAACCAGCAACACCCAAAAAUGUUAAAAAUGAGGCCAGUGUGGAACAGACCGCCACCCCUCUGACCCCAGGGCAGCCCAAAACCCCUGUGGCCAGGCAGGCUGGGGCCCAGGGUCCCACAGGUGGUGCUGCUCCGAAAACAGAACCAAUCCAAAAGUCAUUGAUGGACAGUGUGAACCGCGGUAAUUCUGGUUCUGUGUGUGACACAGAACCUCAGAAAGAAGUAAAGAACAGUGUGAAAGCUCCCAGCCAGGAGGGGCCACAGACCAUGGAUGUGAGGCAGAAGCCCUUUGGUGCAGUGACAUGCAGUGUGUGCGGGAUGCUGUACUCUCCUGCCAGCCCAGAGGAUGAAAGCCAGCAUUUGCUCUUUCAUAACCAGUUCAUCAGUGCAGUCAAAUAUGUGGGUUGGAAGAAGGAGAGGAUCCUUGGAGAGUACCCAGAUGGCAAAAUCAUUCUUGUCCUCCCAGAUGACCCCAAAUAUGCACUGAAAAAGGUGGAGGAGAUAAGGGAAAUGGUGGACAAUGAUCUGGGCUUUCAGCAAGUGGAGACCAAGGUGCCGUCGCAGACCAAAACCUUCCUCUUCAUCUCCAAUGACAAGAAGGUGGCAGGAUGCCUUAUCGCCGAGCACAUUCAAGAGGGUUACAGAGUGAUUGAGGAACCUGUUCCAGAAGUUUCUGAAGGGGAAAAGGUGAUGUUUGAGCGUCAGCGGGCGUGGUGCUGCUCCACUACUCCAGAGCCAGCCCUGUGUGGCAUCAGUCGUAUCUGGGUCUUCAGUAUGAUGAGGAGAAGAGGCAUCGCCUCUCGUAUGAUCGAGUGUCUCAGGAAUAAUUUCAUCUAUGGGUCAUAUCUGAGCAAAGAUGAGAUUGCCUUCUCAGACCCAACGCCUGACGGCAAGCUCUUUGCCACUCAUUACUGUGGAACCUCCCAGUUUUUAGUCUAUAAUUUUGUCAGUGGGACUCAGACAACCUGACUGUGUCUAGACACGCUGUGUCCACAGAGUUCAGUGUGAAAAGGACAUGAUUAUUACAGAAGUAUGUGCUGUGUCCUUAAACGAAACAGAGCAAAAAAACCCAAAAAAACAGGUAAGAGUCUGAACCAAGCGCAGGAAGAAGCACUGGUGAAGCUUUCCUUCUCUACAGAAUCAUGAGUUUCAUCUGGAAAGAGGAAGAUCACGUCUCAGCCACUGGUCAAGGAUUCAGUUACAACAUCCCCAGUCUAUCCUUCUUAUCCCUCCUCUUGUCAAUGUACCGUAGACUGAGUAGCACUGCACAAUAACUGAACGCUGUUUCAUUGUUUGGUGACAAACAUAUCCUGUUCACUCAGGUCUAGUUUGAUGGAAGCUUCUGUAUUGACUGUACCAGACCGACGGGGGGUGGGGGUGUAUAUGUUUUCCAGUGCACAAUUGUGGACUCAAUUGGCCCUGUCCUUUUGGGAGCUCCUGAGAAGUUGAAUGAACUAUAACAAAAAAUAAGCCACUACUGCAAGCAAUGCCUUUGUCCUGAGGCUGCUAACCACAAAAAAAUGUUCUUUUAAAUCUCAGGUUUGACAGACAUGUAGAAUUUGACUCUUGGGAGUUCAAUCUUCCCUUUAACCUACACCCCUCCAAGUAUUUUAAAAGAAAACAUAUUUUACUUAUUUGUUGUUUAUAUAUGGACAAAACUUUUUGAGGUUAAAAAGGUUUACGCGCAUGGAAUUUACAGCAAUAGAAGACAAACAAUUUCACAACAGUUUCUUUCAUGAAACCACACAGUACAAGAGGACAAACAGACAUACUGUACCCAUUAUUUGUUACAAGAAGUGAAAAAUGACCCUCCUGUAGUUGAGCUUUGUCCUGAAAGCAUCUCACCUCGUUUUUAAAACUGUGUCAUACACUUGAUUUCUAACUUAUACCUUUGAA